UUUAACAAUGUAAUCCGGGAAUAUUAAUUUCACUGAUGAACUGGUAAUGAGAAGAAAUUUUCGUCAUAUCCGAGAAAACGUGGGUUUGAACUAAGUACGCGAUAAUUUGUAUGUUCUUUAUCAUUUUGCAGUCAAAUUCGGCUAUAUAAGACACGCACCGAGAGAGAAACUUCCUAGAACUCAACACAGACCUAAAGCACAAACUGUAGAUAAUAUUUUUGAAGAAGAAGAAAAGAACAGUCAACAGAAAAGAGAUGAAUUCCUUAAGUCUUCUGUGUUUGGUUGUUUUAUCUCUUGCCUUACUGGGAAAUUACGUCUGUUCUUCAGAACCACAACAAUUCUUUGCAGAUGAAGAUGAAAUCAGCGAACCAACAGAAGAACAGAGAAUGAUGAUAAACAAUAAGUACCAAACUCAUUUGAUGAAGAAUGCUUUUCGGGACAGCGGGAAUUUGAAGAGAUUGUUGGCCCAGAAAAGAUUCUCAUCGGACAGACAAACAAGGGGAGGCGUUGCUUUGUGCUUAUGGAAGGUCUGCCCAGCAGGCCCAUGGCUGGUACAGAAGUAAAUGGCUAAAGUAACCAAUCGAACAGGAUCAUCCGAACUUUUCUUUGAAAAUCCCGUACACCAACUCGCCUCAUUGUUAUUUAAUUGUUUUUUUUUUCAUUUGCCAUCUUUAUAAGCAAUAGACAACAGACAUUUCAACAACAACAACAACAUUCCGUAUAACACCGAAGAAACAUCGGACUGUUCAUUAAAUCGAUUUUAAAAGGUUACGAUGUCUUUUUUUCUGCAAGAAAAACAGACAGUGUAAUUAGAUACUGAUAGUGACUUUUAUUCUGUAUAUCCUGCCAGGGUUUGUUAAUGGUGCUGAAAAAUGCAUUUGUUGGCAUAUUUUAUGCUGUUUGGUUAUAAUAAAUCAGAAACCAAAAAAAAAGCGUAUAUUUCACUGUCAAUUUUGAAUUGAGGAUUUAUUUACUAAGAGUCCAUUGAAAUAUUCAAGCACCAAACAGUUUAAAGAAUAUAUCGGUGUUGUAAACAAUCUUCUUUAUAGUAAUAAAUGUUCAGCAAGCA